AUGCUCACACACUCACUCACCCACCCACUCUGUCACUCAUUCACUCACUCACUCACUCACUGUCACUCACCCACUCUGUCACUCACUCACUGUCACACACACACACACACACACACUCUCUCUCUCUCUCUCUCUCUCUCACUCUCACUCACUCUCUCACACACACUCUCUCAAUCACUCUCUCACACACACUCUCUCAAUCACUCACUCACUCACUCACUCACUCAAUCACUCUCUCACACACACUCUCUCAAUCACUCACUCACUCACUCACUCACUCACUCACUCACUCUCACUCACACACUCUCACUCACUCUCUCACACACACUCUCUCACACACACUCUCUCAAUCACUCUCUCACACACACACACUCACUCACUCACUCACUCACUCACUCACUCACUCACUCACACAAUCUCUCUGUAGGCGAUCACCAAGCCGACUGCAUAUGGCGUCCCAACACGCGAUGCACCGACGAGGCCAUUGAUGCGCUGUUACGGGACGUUGGUGCCAUUCCUGUUGGUUACGGCAUUCCGGGUGAACAAGCGUUGCAAACCCUCAUGAGCGUGGAUUACGAUCAAGCCAAAGCCAAACGUUUACUUAAAGCCAUGCCGCGUCAACAGCUGAAUCGUCGAGGCCUGGACUGGUGGACGUCGGAUGACAUCAAUCGCUUUGAGGCCUACUAUGAUACCUAUGGCAAGCACUUUCACAAAAUUGCAAGCGGGGCAAGUUUUCCAAACAAGACAACUAAAGAUUGCAUUGACUUUUACUACGUUUGGAAGAAGUCAAAACGAGGCGAUGUUGUGCGUCAGCGGACACUGGAUCGUCAUGGUGCUACAAUCCCGGUCACGCCAACUCCCCAGCCAGCUGUCAGCCGGCAACAACUACCCGAUUUAUUGGAGAGUUGGCCAGUGGAGCAUGCUUCUAAACGUGCCAAGACGUCCAGGUCACUUCACAACGAGUUGAUUGCCCCAGCUUCCCCAGAGUUACCAGAGCCAUCGCGCGUGGCCUUUGCCUCCAAACGGCCCUUGCGUGAGACGGAUCCUUCUAUGUUUAUGGUUGAGCGGAUUGAAAACUGGCGCCUGCGCAAAGGCGAGUGGGAGUUUGAGGUCAAAUGGCAGGGUUAUCCUUCCUCAAACAAUACGUGGGAACCCAAGCGCAAUCUCGAGGGGAAUACGGUGUUUCAAAACUAUAUUCGGGAUCACCGUCUCGAUGAGCAAAUGUCAGCCUCAUCAACAAAGUUUGAUGAUCUGACACUUGGUGUGGCUCUGAAACAGGAGCAAGUGGCCAAGGAAUCUGCAGGGCCCACCGGAAAAGCGCGGGUCAGCCGCGAGCUGCGGCGUCUGGCCUUCAUGAAUCCCGGCCCGCGGAUGGACGACGUAUCCGAAAUUGUCUGGGUCAAGCGGACCAAGCGAAGAUGA